AUGUUGCUCAGCAUCCUGCGGCUUUUUGCUUCUGUUAUCGGCGUUGUCGGUGUCGCAGCUUCAAAGAAUCCAAAGCGUGGUCUCGCUUUUGCCGAUGGCAAGAACCCCGUCGACAUCACAAAGGUGAAUCAGGCGUCAAGUGUUAUAUCUUGGCAAUACGAUUGGGGCACCUCUCCUCCAUCUUACCUAGCUUCCUCUGGAAUACCUUACGUACCUAUGCAGUGGGGGGCUGGGGGUGCCAACAAUUUUUCUACCGCCGUCCUGUUGCAGAAGGCCAAAGUAGCACUGGCGUUUAACGAGCCGGAUUUGAGCUCUCAGUCUAAUUUGUCGCCACAAGCAGCAGCCGACCUUUGGAAGCAAUAUAUCCAACCAUUGAAGUCUUCCGGGGUGAGGCUAGGUGCUCCUGCCAUCACCAAUGGACCCUCUGGACGACCUUGGUUAGCGCAAUUCCUGAGUAACUGCACCCAAUGCUCCAUUGAUUUUAUCCCGUUCCAUUGGUACGGAGAGGGACUCGGAACUUUCUAUGAUUAUGUCUGGCAAAUGCAUGGUCAAUUUCCGAACUAUCCACUCUGGGUAACGGAAUUUGCCAGUACUUCAUCGGAAGAUAAUGUUGUCAUGGACUUCCUCAACCAGUCUAUUCAUUACCUUGACACGUUAGAUUUUGUUGAACGAUACGCGUGGUUCGGUUACUUCAGGAAAGACAGCAAUUCCCACUACAACCUCCUUGAUAUCAACGGGGAACUGAACAACCUGGGGCGUACCUACGCGUUGAAUUAG